GAGGUUUGCCGAAUGGUAGUACAGGGAAGCCUACACUACUUGCGUUUUGUAAAUUCUAUACUUAGGAAAUGAAGAUGUUAUGACAGGUUUUAUAUUUAGCGUAUUUUUACAGCAUGUAUCAUAUUUAAACAUAGUUGUAGCUUUCAUGGUCUUAGCUGCUAUUUUACUAUUUACAUUGUUGCUUCAGAUAAUGGCGGGCGUUAAUACAAACAUUCCACCUAGUCCAGCAGAAAGUGAGGAAGAAGAACCAACAUACACUUUUCCUGAAACAUUACAAGAGUUUGGUUAUGACUUUAAUGACAAAGGAGAAUUAAGAGAUAUACAAACAGAUGAAUAUUAUAAUUUCCACCAUUCUGAGGGUGACCACAGAUACAAUCAAAAAAGAUAUGAAGCUUUGGGAGAGAAAAUAACAGACUAUGUUUAUGAUUUAAUGGAAAAGGAAACAAAAUUAAAAAGAGUUUAUAUACCUGUAGAUGCUGAAGAAAAUGCAGCUAGAAGUUUUAUCUUUAUGAGUGAAGAUGCUCUGAGUAACCCAGAUAAAUUAAUGGUAUUGAUACAUGGUUCAGGUGCCGUGAGAGCUGGACAGUGGUCAAGAAAGUUAAUUAUUAAUGAUAAUUUAGAUAAAGGAACACAAUUACCAUAUAUAAGAGAAGGUAUAAAACAAGGUUAUGGUAUAAUAGUAUUAAAUACAAAUGUUAAUAAAGUCAAAUUAAAUGAUGGUAAUGAACAUCCUGUUAAAAAAAACCAAACACCAGAAGAACAUGGAAUUUAUGUUUGGCAACAUUUUGUCUUAAAAUCCAAGGCUAAAAAUAUAGCUAUUGUAGCUCACAGUUAUGGUGGUAUUGUUACUUUAGAAGUGGCAAAUAAAUUUACUUCUGACAUUUUAAGUAGAGUUUUUGCUAUAGGCUUUACAGAUUCUGUGCACAGUGUCAGCCAUCAAAUAGAUGAUAUAGCAAUUGUCGAUUUCCUGAAAGAGAAAGCAGUAAAUUAUGUAUCAAGUAAUAAAGAACAAGGUGAACCAGUGGACUCCUAUGAAAAACAUGACUGUCUUAGAAUAGCUGCAGGAACUAAUCAGCACGAAUUAACCUCGUGGUCUUGUUUCAAUUUGUUGUUUGACUUUAUAAAAGAUCAGUAUGAAAAGGUGAAAACUGCUGAAGAAUCUGUUAGGGAGUCAGCAGAUGGAAGUGAUAAUCCUACUCCAAAUGAGAAAACAGACAGUAUACAAGAAGAAGAAAGAAAAUCUACUGAAACUUCUUCACAGACAUUAAAAAAGGAAUUAUAAGUCUGUUUGUUACUUUAUUAUAAAUGUAUCAUGUACGCAUUGUAUGUAUUCAGAUAUUGUACCACCCAAUUGAUUUGUGUAUGUUUGUCAUUAUUUAAGUGAUAGGGCCUUGAUUUUCUGUUUACUGUAGGUAGAGUUUCUGUUUCGGAUAUUUUUAGUUGGGGUUAACGAAGGCCAGGAUUGGUCGCAAGAUGGCGUUGUCAUGGUCAUUAAGCUACCAUUCUUAUGUUAUCUAGCAUAUUACAAUCUGAAUAAUAUUUGUAACCCGUGCUGGCAAAAUGAGUCGCAAUGAGGAAAUUUUGAAAAUUGAGUUUGACUGUUCUCCUUUUUCUGACCCAUGGUCAUAAUAGAAUUUGAAACAAUAAUAUCCAAUUAUGCAUGCUUGUAUGCUUUGCAUACUGUAUGAAGCGACAGUAGGGCCCCCUAUACGGAAUUCAGCUAUCAAUAAAAUUCUCUUUGAAAAAAAAAUUAUUGGCCAUUUUGUUUAUUUCCAUUUAGGCCCAUAAGUUAUUUUUUUAAGAUGAAACGAGAUAUCAAAUAAUCAUCGCUUGGAUAAAUUAUUCGGAGUAUAUAAUGAUUUGUUGCAAUUAUCAAUCAACUAAUCUUUAAUCCAGGACAUUUGAUUAGUGUAACUCAAUGACAUGAUCCGCUUUAUUGAUUAAUUUAUAGUAUUUCGGCCACAUGGUUUUGAUUAACCCUCAACGGCAAUCUAUACACAUUAAGAAUUUUAAGGGGUUUUUUUUCUGCCACUUCUCAGAGAGAAUCGCAUGUACCCCCAAAAAUUAUUGCCAAAAUCAAGUUUCUAUUGCCAGCUUGAGCCUCAAGGCAGCCAUGAUACCACAAUGCUUUGCACAGGGUGUCUGGGGCAAUCAGCAAACAAGUUGUGAUGACUGCAUAGCAACAACUGGACUUUGUUUACCUUUUGUAGGGUUUUUUAAAACUUGUUUGUAUUCAUUCAAAACUUUGGUCAUAUUUAUAGACUAGAGAUUCACCGCUUUUCAACGAUACCAAGUAUUAUGUAAGAGGAUAGUCCGGUUGUUCCACUGCAAACGGAGGAAAAUAACUAAUUUUAAUGAGAAUUUUAAGACAAAAGACAGAUUUAUGAAUACGGUACUCUUACAAAACGUCCAAAUAAAGGUGUUUUAAAAUGUUUUAUUGCUAUUUUUAUCUUUUGGGCCGAUAGAGGGUAUAUUUAUAGACUCAUUUUUGUGAACAUCUCAAUUUCGAUCAAAAUCAAUAUUUUCACUUGUUUUGUCUGUAGCUCAUUAUUAGACUUUGUGCAUUCCAACUCAUUUUGCCAGCACAGGUCACAUUUAUCAUUACAACAAAAAAAUAUUUUCCAUAUUUAGUUUAUGUCAGGUAGUAAUAUUCCUCUGUAAGUACUGUCUUCGUUUCACUAAAAGCAAAAAGGUUGUGAUAAGAACAGUUCAUCAUGUCCCUACAUUGUUUAUCUUAUAAAAAUAAAGGUUAUUUAGAAUUACAUCGAUAGCUUCAUCAUUCGUCAAAAAAGCAUGGUCACCAUGCACAUGUUACCAGGUCUUGUUAUUUGUUAUUCAGACUUGAGGAAAGCAUUCAUUUUUUGGUCCAAAUUUAACCUUUUAUCUAAAGGUUUUGUAGUAUGUAAUGCCUUAUAUGAUAUGGGGCCUUAUGGGAAGCGUUGAUUUUCAAGUAAGGUUGUUCUGUUUUGACAAAAGUUAUUUGUUAUUGAAAAUAAGUUAAUUGGUGAUUAAAAAGUUAAAGGAUUACAGAUUAAAUGUUGAUCAACAUUGGCACUUUUUGUAUUUCCUUGAUCACAGAAAAUAAUUAAAUAAUUUGGGAUCUCUGCAGGCUUCUUACUUGUUUUCAAGUUGUAGAACAAUCAUGCCGAUUGUACGGUGUACAAAAACAGGGGCAGGCCACGCCCACAUCCAGUUCAUGCCUUAUCAAACACACUGUCCACAUCCGGCUAGCAAUAUUUCAGCUGACUGAUUGACAUUUUUUCACUAUCAGUUUACUGAAAAUAUUAUUGCUACACAAUUAUGACUGAUCAGGUACAUAUUAUUUUUCUAAUUAGAUGAAAUAAGUAAACCACGGUGUACUUUUGCUCUAAAAAUAUGAGAAAAACUGCCUUACACAUCAAUACCUUGACUAAGUUUGAUAGUGAGCAUGUUCUGUUCAGGGUAAGCAGAGUGAUAAGCAAUUUGAUUGGUCGAUACUUUGGAACACAAUAACUCUCUUUCUAAUUGAGGUAGAAUGUUCAACCUUCGUGUAGGCGUUCAUUAGGUGAAUGACUUGAUGGAGUUCGAUGAUAAACAUUGUCUGCUUAGGAUAAGCAGAGAUAAGCAAUCUGAUUGGUUGAUGCUUUGGGGCAUGAUAACUUUGGUUUUGAUUAAGAGAGAGUGGUGAAACUCAGAGUAUAGAUUCACUAUAUCAUUACCUUGACUAAGUUCGAUGAUGAGAAUUUUCUGCUGAGGCUAAGGAGCAGUAAGACUUUGGAACAUAACAAAUCUGCUUUUGAUUAAGGUAGAAUGUUUAAACUUGAUGUAGAUGUUCAUUUUAGGUGAAUGAGUAACAUUUAGAGCUAAAGCUAAGCAUAGCUAAGAAAUUUCAUUGGUCGAUGCUUUGGGACAUGAUAAUUUUCAUUCUAUCUGAUAGAGAGUGAUGAAACUUAGUGUAUAGUUGAUAAUCAGUUUGAUUGCUUGAUAUUUUGGAAAAAAAAUAAAUGUGCAAUUAAUUAAUAUAUGUCAUCUAUUUAUUAUGGGGUUUCGACGGGGGACAUCAGCCUCACUGUUGGCUUGUUCCGUGAGAAAACAUGAUAUAAGGUUUUUCUUAUGGGAAUUCUGGGAUAUUUCCAUUUUGCAUUCAUGUAAACACAGACGGUUUAUAAGCAAAAUAAAGUCCUUGACUUCGGUUAUGCUGGGGAAGAAAGACUUAAAAAAAAAAAACCUCAACAGAAAAACCUUGGCCUACCGGCUUUAGUUAUUCCUUUUCUCAGGUAGUUUUCUUCACUCUCUCUUUCCCCAGCUUAACUUCAGUCUCAUGCUUUAUCCUACACAUAAUUGAUUAAGGCAGGGGAUAUUAGCCUCACUGUUGGCUUAUUUCUCCUUUUCUGCACAAUUUGCAUACCAAUUUGUUUUGAAUCUACGCAAGAUUUUACUCCAUAUUUAUCAUUUUGACAAAGGCAUAAGGAAAUAAAGAUGUGUGACAUAGGAGAAUUCCUAAUUGAAAUCAUUAGUUUCAUGUGAUCAUAGCCAUGAAAUUAAUGCCAUAUAAUAGUCAGCUGAUUUAACAUGUCAUGUGUAUUUAACAUUGAUGUCAAUGGAGAAGAUAAUUGUGGUCUACUCCCUUUUAAGAUGACAUCACCCUUUUAUCUCAAUUACUAUUUAAAUGUAUAAACCUAAUUUAUAAGAUUUUGUAUUAGUACAUUAUCAAAGUCAAAUAUAUUAUGUUUCUGAUAAUAAAAAAGAAUUAUCUCACUUUCA